UCCGCGAUUUUGAUAAUGUUUCGAGGCAUAUUUGCAUGCGGAUUUAAAGAAUACUUAUUCACCAGGUCUAGUGCAGUAGUAGAGAAAAUCAGGAUGGCUGCUUUACAACAAAUUGUGGAAAACAACCAACGUGCCCAGGCACUUAUUGAUUCCAUGCAAGGAGAGCUAAAUUCUUUACAAAAGGCAAUUGUAGCGCGCAAAAAAAAGGAGCUGGCCAGGGAGAACGAGGAGUUAACGAAAGAAGUGGAGGCAGCAUUGGCUCAAUUGAUUCAGCUGGAGCUAAAGAAUGGGAAGAGGCAAAUACCGGUGCCUGGAUUAGUACGGGGAAUGUGCACCAAAGUACCACUACCCUCCGAAAUUGCCAUACCUCCAGCUUUAAGUGCUGCUACGCUAGCACCAACAAAAGAAGUAAAAGGGGCCAAAGAGAAGAAACCUAAAGAAAAAAAAACAGCAAUUGAAAAGGUCGUAGCCACUGCUGAGGCACCUGUUGAUGUGUCUCGCUUGGACAUGCGCGUUGGGAAAAUAGUCGAAGUAGGUCGUCAUCCAGAUGCCGACAGUUUGUAUCUGGAAAAAAUUGACUGUGGGGAGGGAAUAUUACGUACUGUUGUAUCGGGAUUGGUUAAAUUUAUUCCCCUAGAUGAGAUGCAGAAUCGAAUGGUUGUGGUACUGUGCAAUUUGAAGCCAGCCAAAAUGCGUGGCGUCACAUCUGAAGCCAUGGUCAUGUGUGCUUCAACACCCGAAAAGGUUGAAGUCCUGAGCCCACCUCCUGGUGCUGUGCCCGGAGAUUUGGUGCAUUGCGAAGGUUACUCACGUCAACCCGAUGCGCAACUGAAUCCCAAAAAAAAGGUAUUCGAAACAUGUGCUCCAGACCUGAUGACCAAUGGUGACUUGGUGGCAUGCUACAAGGGUGCAUCUUUGCACGUACCUGGCAAAGGCCCAAUUGUCUCACAAACAUUAAAGAAUGUUAAUGUUAAAUAGGUCCAAUUUAUAAAAUAUAUUCUCUGUGUGUCCAUUCUACUUCUUCCAUUAUACAUUGA